AUGGCGAAGCACGGCUUCCUGUGGCUGGCGGCGCUGGUGACCACGGCACGGAGCUUCCCCUCCUUCCGGCACCACGUGCCCAACGGCCUCCGAGUGCCGUGCCCCAGCGGCGCCACGGGAUGCGACCUGGGCGAUGCCAGUCUGGGUGAGCCGGACUCGGUGUGCCGUGGCUUAGGCCACGCAACUUGCGCGGGUGCCUCGAUGCCGCUGAACGUCUUUGGCGAGGCGCUGAAGGCGAACGAGUAUCGCUGGACGGAGCAGCUGUGCAUGGCGGAUAGCGAUGGGGAUGGCCUCACCAAUGGCGAGGAGCUUGGAGAUCCCUGCUGUGCUUGGAAGGAAGGCGAUGGCGCUGCGCCGUACAUGAUGACGUGGACCCCCAGCCACCCCGGCAUGGCGUCGGACCGGCCGGCGAGCUACAGCAAGCCCAGCUGCGAUGAGACGACGCAGCCAGGGUUCAGAUCACCUGGCAUGGCACGCUUCAAUGAGGGAGAGGAGCAAAGGCAUGUGGACUUCCGGGUGAAGGACUAUCAAGUUCCCGAAGUCCGAACUGAAUAUGCCGACUUUGUCUUCAACUUUGAUGAUGAGGAACAUGACAUCUAUCACAUCGUCUAUGGCAUUGCUUUGGUUGACCAACCCAAGCUGCUCCACCACUUCGUGGUCACCGGAUGCUACGAGAAGGUCGCGCCCGAGAUGUCGGGCCAGCGCAUGCCGCGGCCCGAAAGCUGCGUCAUGCCCGUGGGUGGCUUUGCCGGUUGGGCGCCGGGCGCCAUCCUGUGGGACAUGCCCAUCUACGCAGGUGUGCCAGUGGGCAAAGGCGUGGGGAUCGUGGCUUUUCACGUGCAAGUGCACUACACCGACGGCGACGUCUAUCCAGGGACCAUUUCGAAGGAUGGCAUCCGGAUCUACUACACACCCACGCUUCGCAAUCAAACGGUGGAUAGCGUAUCCACCAUCGGCAUUGGCACGCACCCGCGGAUGUUGGUGCCUCCAAGCAAGGACCGGUACUUCUUGACGCGCACGUGCACGGUGGUGGACCCCUGUCAGUCGGCGGAUUGCCAGGGAAAGGUCUGGUCCAGACCGAUUGUCUCAGUCUUCUACCAUGCGCAUUUGUUGGGCGUGGCCAUGUAUCAGUCGCUGACGCGUGGGAACACCACGUGGGACCUGGGCUCUCAGUCACGCUGGCAUUAUGAUGAUCAGGCGAUGUUCCCUCUGAUGUCUCGGAACCUGACGGUGCAAGCGGGAGACGUGAUCCAGAGCACGUGCAUCUUUGACUCUCAAGGACGAACGGAGGCGACGCCCAUGGGGCUCAACACCUGGGACGAGAUGUGCUUCACUCAGGUGAACAUCGCCCGGCCCAGCGCGGAUCCCAUCGUGGGCUUCGGCUGCGGGGGCCCAAUGUGGGAAGGUGACCUGCAGGUCACCGAGGAUGCCUUCCAUGUGGCCACCUUGCACCCCAUCGACCAGGCGGAGAACGCGUGGCAGGCGACGAGUUAUGGCCAGGCCACAAGGUUCCUGCCCAAGAACCAGCGCGAUUGCCAACAGAUGGCCUGCCGUGAACGGGGCGAAUGGGAUGACGAUUGCUGCGGUUUGAAAACGGAGACCUCCUGUGCCGAUGGACUGACGAAGAUCGAGACCAACGACAUUUGCUGGCAAGGCUUUGGCUUCACAGCACACUACACAUGCUGCGCGCAUGCUGAGAACAGCUCUGAGAACAGCUUCGCAGCUGGAGCUGAGAACGGCUUCCGCGGUGGAUCUUGGAUGCUCUUGUUGAGUGUCUUUGGCCUGCUGCAUUAA